AUGGCCCCCUCGGACCUUGACCUCAAGUCCGGCUUCAUCCACCUCUCCUCUGCCCGCCAAAUUCCCGGCACGCUCACCCACUUCUUCGCCUCGCCUCCCUCGGACCGCACAUCCCUGUACCUCCUCAAAAUCCCCCUGGCGCCGCUCGAGACCGCCGAGGUGCUGCGCUGGGAGAGCCCCGACGCCAAGGUCUGCGGAUCCCGGGACGGCGAGGGUAUGUUCCCGCACGUGUACUUCGCGGACGGACGGCUGGGGCUGAGUGACCGUGAGGUGCAGAGCGUGCGGGAGGUGGUGAGCGAGCAGGGGCAGCUGGGGUGGGAGGCGGCGUUGGCGGGAUUGGAGAGCUGGCUGGUCUGA